AAUUUCAACACGUUGCUUUUUCCAAAGUGUGUAGGCUGAGCUGCUAAGUAGGACGGGAACCGCCAUGGGCAGAAGGACAUUUUUACUUCUGUUUCUGGGGGUCAUUGGUGCGUGGUAUGUGUAUACGCCACUCCCAGAGAACAUCGAAGAGCCCUGGGCAGUGCUGAGCAUGCAAACAAGUAUGAAAACUGUAUCAAACUUGAUGCUGUUGGUUGAGUUUCUGGGAAUCAGCCAUUAUAUGACCAGUAGCAUGUACCUCAUGAGUUUCCUGGAAACCCCACCGACUUCUGAUGAAAACGUCACUGUGGUGGAUACCACUUUCCACAACACCCCUGUCCGUGUCUAUGUGCCAAAGAGGGAGACUGAGACACCCCGGAGAGGUUUAUUUUAUAUCCAUGGCGGUGGUUGGUGUUUGGGAAGUGCCGAGUUUUAUAUCUAUGACCUUCUGUCAAGACGGACAGCCCACAGAUUGAAUGCUGUGGUCAUUUCCACCAACUACAGGCUAGCACCUAAAUAUCACUUUCCAGCUCAAUUUGAAGAUGUAUAUAACUCAUUAAAGUGGUUCUUACGUCAAGAUGUCCUUAAAAAGUAUGGUGUGGACCCUACAAGGAUCGGAAUCUCUGGAGACAGUGCUGGAGGGAAUUUAGCCGCUGCAGUGAGUCAACAGCUGCUCCGGGACCAAGAUGUCAAGGUGAAAGUUAAGGCCCAGGCCCUCAUCUACCCUGCCCUCCAGACUCUUGAUUUGGACUUGCCAUCCUACCGUGAAAACGCGCACUUCCUAGCUCUGCCCCGGUGGCUCAUGGUCAGGUUCUGGAGUGAGUAUUUCACUACAGACAGGUCCCUGGAAAAAGCCAUGUCUUCCAACCAGCACGUGCCUGCGCAAUCGGGUCACCUACUAAGGUUUGUCAACUGGAGCUCCUUGCUGCCUGAGAGGUUUCAACAGGGACAUGUUUAUAAGAAUCCAAGCUUCGGCAGUGCUAAGCUGGCGAACAAGUACCCAGGGUUUCUGGACGUGCGGGCAGCUCCCCUGUUGGCUGACGACACACAGCUGCAUGGCUUGCCCCGGACCUAUGUCCUCACCUGUCAGUAUGAUGUCCUGAGAGACGACGGGGUCAUGUACGUCACCCGCCUGCGGAAUGCUGGGGUGCAGGUGACUCACGAUCACAUUGAGGACGGCUUCCACGGAGCGAUUUCCAUUGGACUUAAGCUUGGAUCUAGACUAGAAAACCAGUACAUCAAUUGGCUACAUGAGAAUCUAUAGGAAAAAUUUGAGCCGUGAUUGAGAGAAACUGCAAGUCUGAUGGGACAGAAGUUGGUGGGAAUCAAAGAACUGGUGUUCGAGGUGAUUUUUUGUCUGUGACCUUGCUGAGUAACCUAUAGCUAAGGGACCACUGCCACGUGGUCCCUUAUUCUCACACUUCUUACUCAUCUUUCUUCCAUGUUUUCCUGCUGAUGCUGACCAUUUCUUCGGUCUCUCACUCACAGACCUAGUUUCAGAAUUGCCCAUAGUAUUACUGAUAAAACGCAUUCACGGCCGCGUGACAUCUUAUCAUCUCAUUCCUACUUCGGACAAACUGGCAGGCUACCAAAUGUAACCUGCCCACACGGCAGAGUCUGGCAAACUCCCCGUGGUGUACCCAAUAUGCCAAAUACCAGUAACAGUGAUGGGUCUCAUUCUCCUAACCCUGAAAGAGCCUUGAAUAUGGCACUUUUUAAAAAAUCUCAGGGCUAGGACGAAGGAGACGUUACUGGGGCCUGCUCGAGCCAAUUGACGAACAACAGGAUGGUCAUAAUCCUGAUCGUGAUUACUGCUGAAAGAGAGUUUUUGAAAGUGCUGUGGUUCUUUACAAAAGCAAGCCUUGAUUGGCCUGGGCCUGGAGCCCUGUUUCACAUUUCAAAGUCCACUCCUUUCAACAUUGUGUCCUCUGUCUCUCAAUAAAAUUCACAUGAGUG